UUUGCGGUGAACGAAUGAAAUGAGUCGAUGUUGGUCCAUCAUUCGAUUAAUAUUUUUCUUUAAAAAGAAGAUAGGAAAUCGAUUCGAGAAAAAUCACAAUUUUUCUAUUUCAAAUUUGAAUUCGAUUUAAGUAAAUUCUUUGAAUGUCUGAGUGUAUACGCAUUUUGCUGGAUACAAUUCAGGCCCUCGAUAGGGACAUUGGUUUUUUUUCAACUGAAAUUCAUUUGUUUAUUGUUCGUUUAGUUUUUAACUCCCUGAGAAAAAACAAAUUUAAUGAAAUAAUGAGAAUAGAGUGAAUUUCCCAUUAAGAUGAUGAGCGGUCGAUUCAUUUAGUCAAUUUCCUAUGAAAAUCCAAUGUUUUGCCCGUGUCAAAAAUUGAAAAAGCCGCUGUUGUGACAGAAAUAACGCGCGCUUUGAAUUGGCUUGUCGCUUUGACAGUAGCUGUCAACGGUCGGUACUCUUCUUGCAUGGAUAACUGUAUAGCAGCACCACCAAUACGUAGCUUGUACUGAAGUCUAGAUGCUUUUGACUUUACUUGUCAAAUUUGAAUUUUUGUUCCAUCUUUCAAACACACUCUCUGUAUUGUACUAUACACUGUAUAAAACACACAUCCGAGGUACAGAGCUAAAAGUUCGAAGCAUUUAAUUUGCAUUUAUCGCACUGAAUUCCGUGUUCGCUUGAGUUCGCCCGUAUAUGCCGAUCAAAUAGAGGAAAAUAAUGUCGAAAAAUGACUAUGAUUUUUGCACAUCGGGUGGUUUGAUGCCACUGAUACAGGCUUUAAUUCGGCCGCCGGACAGUCGUGAAGCGUCUCGUCAAGCAAACAAAAAACCACAGCAUCCAUAUUAUCGUCGUCCGGGCCGUGGACACAAUCGUGACUGCUGUGAUGCAUGCCGUGAAGGAGGAGACCUCAUUUGUUGCGAUCGAUGUCCAGCUAGUUUUCAUCUGGGUUGCCAUGAUCCACCAUUAUCAGAAGAAGAUAUACCGUCGGGUUUAUGGCUUUGUCAUAUGUGCCAAAUGCUACAAAAGCAACGAACAUCCAAUGCAACCAAAAUGAUUUCAAAUGAUGACGACUUAACACAGCACGAAUUGCAAAAAUUCAAAGAUUCUAGACCAUCCACACCGAUUACGAGCGAUGGCGUUAUUAAUGCAGCCAAAGUGCGACUGAAUCAAAAACGUAGUCUGUCACGUGUAUCGUCGAGCAGUGAGAAUAGCUUAAGCAGUGAUCGGGAUAUCAAAUUGAAAAUAUCACGCAGCAAUAGUGAGCAGUAUAGUAACGGUGCCGAUGCCAUUGACAGCAUUGAAACUACAACAACAACAACAACAAAUGUCGAUGACAAAAACAACGACGACGAUGAACACAAACCACACGAUGAAGUGGUACAAUGUGAAACGAAUGCACAAUCAACGGAGAUGGUGGUGGUGACAGAAUUAAAUAAACCUUCGGAUGAAACGGAUGAACAUUCAAGAGUUGUCGUUGUUAUUAAUGAAAAUUCGCCCGAAACACCAAACACCGAUGAUACGGAACAGAAACAAGAGUCUCAAGUAGAAAAUAUAGCGAACGUAGAAUUGAUUGAAAUUGAUAACGAUAGCGAUAAAAUGGAUAUCGACAGUAAUAGUGAAGAGGAAACGGUACAAAAUGGUGACGCAGUUGAAGAAGUAGCCAUCGAUUUAAAAACACCGUUGGAUGAGCUCAUUCGAGCUGCAACCAUUUUGAAUCCACGUCAAUUUGAAUUGCCACGUGAAAUGGCAAUUUUUCCACAAUUUCCCGGCGAUGAAAAAGUGUCAAAUGAAACGAGUAAAAGCAAGAAAAAUAACAAUCGCAAUGGACAAAAUCGUGUUCGGCAUGAGUUAGAUGCACAGGGAUUGGUACCGUUGCCAGCGGCAACGUGUUUCUACUGUCGCAAGUCGUGCAAAAAAGCACCGUUAAUAUCGUGCGACUACUGUCCACUGUUCUUUCAUCAGGAUUGCUUGGAUCCGCCGUUGACCGCAUUGCCAACAACACUAUGGAUGUGUCCGAAUCAUCCGGAGCAAUUUGUUGAUUGGAAAUUAGUAACAUCCAUAUCGGCAACGGAACGAGUUAAACUGUGGAAUCAGUUUAAUACAUGCGUCGAUCAUGAAACGGUGAAAUCGGAUUUUUUGCGUCGCAUCCAUCGCAAAAAUCCACCGUUUCGUUUUAAGGUGAAGCCUAAGUUGCGACACUGUGCCGAAAUACCACCAAUGGUUGAAUUCCAUUACAAAAAUCCACCACCGCUGCUUCCCUCAUUACGUGAUGUAUUGCGAUGCGAACGUGUUUAUCGUGAGCAUGGUCUUCCAUCGGUUGUAAAUACUCAAAAUGUGUAUGAUGAAGUUGACAAAGAUCUGCAAGAGCUUCAAAAAGCCAAUGAAAUCGUUCGGCAAUUCCACGAAGAGGUGGACAAACCCGACGAUUUGAAAACAGAAACUGAUGAUGAUGAUGUGGUUGCGGCGAAUGGAUUGAUUGAAACCAAGGAAAUGACGGAAGUUGAAGUGAUUGAAAAUAUUGUUGAUACAAUUCCGUUGAAUAUUGAUGAGAAAAUUAUUGAAAAAAUCGAAAAUAAACCCAUUUUGGUGCAGCAUUGCGAAGCAAUCGCUGAAAAUGGUGUGAAAGAAGAUCCAACCGAAACAGAUAAUUCCAAUCAAUUGCAAGACUCAAGUGCGACCGAUGCAAACAAAUUGAAAUCGAUUCGGAAGCGUAAACGAAAUACAAGUAUCAAAUGUUUUGCUGCUGAGUGUGACGAUUUGUUGGAAUUAUCGGAAGAGGUAUUCAAAUCGAAACUUGUGAACGGUACAAAUGGUGCACUGGCACCAGACACAAUCGAUGAUCAAUUGGAUAGGCUUGAUGUUGAUGUCAUCAAGCGAUUAGCUCUUGCUCAAUUACAACAAAUACUCAAAGAUAGCCCGGAAAUGGUUGCAAAGUAUCAGAAUGAAAAUGCCAACAAAGCGAUUAAGGAUGCGCUCAAAGCGAAGCCCGUCAAAAUUACGCUUCCUAGUCAAUUGCUAUCGAAAGAUGAUAUCGCCAAAAUUGCCAAACAAUUUGGGAGCAACGCCACAUCCAACGAUGGCGAUAAUAAUGAUCCGGCGUAUGCCGGUGUCGGUCAUCCGGUUCCACCGUUGCCACAAUUGAAUACAGAAACCUAUUGCUAUGCAAACGGUUUGGAAAACAUUGUGGACGACAAAGAACGUGCACUGGCCAUUGCAAAACGCUUGGAAAAACCGUUGCAAGAAUCAAAAGUUAGGGCUCGAGCAGUUUUAACACCCGUCGGCGAUAUUUUAGCCGGCAAACAGUGGUACACAAACUCAAGCAUUGACGACAAUAUAUUCAUGCGCUAUAGGAGUCUGGUGAUUGGCUCCGGACCGGGUUGUGAUCUACAAAUGAAGAACGUUCGUAAAUGUGCUCGCUUAUCGGCACAUCAUGCCACCAUUUUCUAUGAUGAGGUGACAAAAGUGUACGAGCUAUUGAAUUACUCGGAGCAUGGAACGGAAGUGAACGGUCAAAUUUAUUCGUUGGAUUUUACGGAAUAUCAAGAGGUCAAUGAGAAUCGAUUGCACGACGUCAAUGGUUUCUACAAGAAUGUCCGCGAUAUCAUUGACAAAAAGCGUGGUGUCAAUCGAAUUGAAUACGGACUCAGUAAAAAUGCUCGAAUGUCAGCACCCGAACUACCGAACUGCAAGUGCAAAUCGUAUCCGCAAUUGGAACAAGGCUGGGAAGGUUCAGCCGUACUAACGCAUGGGUCAUUGAUUCGUUUUGGUUGUUUGGCAUAUGUAUUUUCAGUGAUUGACAAUAUCAUCGAAGAAUAAUAGUUCAAAAUUCCCAUUCAUCCAUCUACACCCACGAAGUAUUUCAUUCAAUGAGAUUUUAAACUUAAACAUUGCUUAGAACGUAAGAAGUUUAAGAAAAAGUAACUGGAGCAUUUACGGCACAAAAUCCAAAAGAAACAGAAACAAAAAACAGAAUUUAAUUGGCUAUUCAUUUUGAUGAAAAUUGUAUUCAACUACAAGCGAUCGAAAAUUGGUUCAUCAUGAAGCAGUGUACAGCGAUAUUUUUUCUUCUUUCUCGGCAUAAAAAACCGAAGCAAGCUAGCAUAAAUCAUGUGAAUUUCAUUUAGAAUCUACAACUUAGCAUGUUAGAAAUCGCAUUGCGAUCCAUAACACAAAUAAAGAUAAACUUGUACAAUUUU